AUGGACAGAUUAGUCUCUCUUCAUGGUACCAUCAAUUCAAGCUGCCCGACAAACUCAAACCUCUUCCGAGAAUACAUUGGUGCAGAGUUCAACAAUGUCAAAUUUUCAGAUGUACCCAUCAACCCCAAUGUUGAAUUUCACUUCAUCCUCGCUUUCGCCAUUGAUUACACCACCUCGUCUUCUCCCUCUCCCACCAAUAGACAAUUCAACAUAUUCUGGGACUCCGAUAAUCUCAGCCCUCCUCAAGUCUCCUCGAUUAAAAGUAAGCAUUCGAAUGUCAAAAUAGCAUUGAGCCUAGGAGGGGACAGUGUUGGCAAUGGUUACACCUACUUCAACCCAUCCUCGGUAGAUUCAUGGGUUUCCAAUGCUGUUUCUUCUCUGACGCAUAUCAUCAAACAGUACAAUUUGGAUGGAAUUGACAUCGACUACGAGCACUUCAAUGCUGAUCCUGAUACCUUUGCUGAGUGUAUUAGGAAGCUUAUAACAAGACUCAAGAACAAUGGUGUUAUCUCAUUUGCUUCCAUAGCUCCAUUCGAUGAUGAUCAAGUCCAGAACCAUUACUUGGCACUUUGGAAGAGUUAUGGACAUCUCAUAGACUAUGUGAACUUCCAAUUUUACGCUUAUGAUGAGGGUAUCACAGUGUCUCAGUUUAAUUACUUUGAGACUCAAAGCUCAAAUUACCGAGGGGGUAAGAUCUUUGCCAGCUUCAGCAGCGAUGGCAGUGGCAGGUUUUCUCCGGCAGAUGGCUUCUUCACUGCCUGCAAUAGGCCCAAAAGUGAGAAAAACCUUCAUGGUAUCUUCGUUUGGUCUGCUGAUGAUUCCAUGCCCGGAGGUUUUAGUUAUGAAAAGCAAUCACAAGCACUAUUAGCAAUCUCCCACUAG